UGUCACUUAUUUGUGACUUGGAUUCGGAUUUUGAUUUUAUUUGAAUUUAAAUUAACCUCAAACUAUUCACAUAUUUAAUUUUUGGAAUUCAAUUUUAAAAAAUUACUUAUUUAAAAAAUUAAAUUUAAUUGAAUCAAGCUCUAGAUUUGUACAAUUUUAUUUUUAUAACUAAAUUAAAUCAUAAGGUUUUCAUUGUAAAAAAAAAAAAAAAGUUUUGAGUUUAAUAAUUAUAAAAUUAAUUAAAUUUUGAAGUGUAUUUCCAAUCAGAAGGGCUCCCUCUCUCUGUCUCUCCCUCGUUGGAGAGUUUGGAGCCAAAGCAAAGCUCAGAGCGUCAGAGCUUCGGAGAUCGGAGCUAUCGUUUCGAUUCCCCACUUACAUUUCUCGAUCCUUAUCUCACGGGAAGGCCUGACGAGGGGAAAACGACGGCGACCACCUGGAAUCCACAAUUUCCGGCGACUGCAGCCCCGUUUUCCUCGAAAAGGGGAGAGAAUCAAAGCUAUUUAGUUCUUUUUGCUCCUAGCCGAAACCCCAGCAACCACAAUGAGAGCGUCGAAUGCAGGCAAGCAGGCGAUAGACGAAUACUACAAUGUUGAUGAGCACCUUGCCCAUGUCUUGGAUGAUCUUCCGCAAAACUUUGAGUUCAGAGUUGGUAUGGUUUUUCCUAGUGAGCUUGAAGCAUAUCACACUUAUGUUGCAUAUGCAUUAGGUAAGGGUUUUGGAGUUCGGAAGGAUAAAACUUGCAGGAAUGCCAAGGGUGAGAUCACGCGACGUACCUUUGUGUGCAACUGUGAGGGAUAUCCUCCAUUUACUCCAGCCCAUGAACAAAAGAAGUAUGAGAGAUUAGAAGAAAGGUGUGGGUGCCUUGCUCGUAUCAAGUUUAAAGUAGAAAAUGGUGCUUUUGAGGUACUGGAGUACAAUUCUGAUCACAAUCAUGCGUUUAUCCCUGAAAAUAAAAAACAUUUAAUAAGAUGUGGGAGGAUGGUAUCUGAUCCUUGUAAAGGUGUUCUUGCUAAUAUGGCAAAAGCUGGCAUGGGAGGGACCAAGGCACACAAAGUCUCAGCAAAUGAGGCUGAAGAGGAAAAUGAUUUUGGGUUAAUAAUGCGUAAGCGACAGAAUGUUUUGCAAUCACGAUCAAAUACUAUUGGUGGAGGUGAUAGGCAAUCUCUAAGAUCAAGCACUAUCAGUGCAGGAGACUGGCUAUCUCACAGAUCAAAUACAAUCAGUGGUGCUGAUAGUCAAAGCUUGUUAAAUCAUUUCAAAAGCAAGCAGAUGCAAAACCCAAUGUUUUUUUAUGCAGUGCAAGUUAAUGGGGAAGGUAGGUUGACUAAUUUUUUUUGGAGAGAUAGUCUGUCCAAAGUUGAAUAUGAUUGUUUUAGAGACGUGGUUCUCUUUGAUACAACUUAUCGCACUCACAAAUAUAACAUGGUAUGUGCUUCAUUUGUUGGAGUCAAUCAUCAUUGGAAGAAUGUUUUGUUUGGUUGUGCACUUUUAUUGGAUGAGACUAUUGAUUCAUUUGUGUGGUUGUUUGAAACUGUUUUGGAGGCAAUGGGAAAUAAGGUGCCUAAAAUUAUUUUUACUGGCCAAGACCAAGCAAUCUCAAAUGCCAUUCAAAAAGUUUUACCUAAUACACAACAUCGCUUGUGUGUUUGGCAUAUUGCAAAAAAUGCGGCCCAAAACAUCCCUUAUCUAUUUGGAAAACCAGAAUUUAAGGAUAAAUAUUUCUUUAAACUCUUGCAUGGUUGUGAAACGGAGCAAGAAUUUGAAUCUACUUGGAAGAAAAUGGAAGAGAAAUGGGGCACCAGCGACAAUAAGUGGCUUCAAGGACUAUAUGAACUUAGAUUUAAAUGGAGUGCAGCCUUUAGUCGUGACAUCUUUUCAUUUGACAUUAGGUCCCUCCAGAGAAGUGAGGGUGCAUACAAUGUUUUUCAACAAAUAUCAGCCAAUACAAUGGACCUUAUUAAAUUUGUGCAUUGCUAUGAAGAAGAGGUGAAGCGGAUGAGGGAGGUUGAAGUGCAAGAUGAUUGUAAUUCACAGGAUAAACCUAAACUAUUUGUGAGGAAUAAUAAAAUUUUGACACAUGCAGCUUCUGUGUAUACCCAUGCCAUAUUUUAUAAGUUCCAGGAUGAAUUUUUGCAGAGUAUGUCCGAAUGGGUUUUGAACACUUCUAGUGUUGGAACAGUUCACAACUACACUCUAGCAUGUCAGGAUGGUCAAAGACACCAUGUGAGAUUUAACUCUAAUGAUUGUGCUAUUACUUGCAGCUGUAAGUUGUUUGAGUCAAAAGGGUGGUUGUGCCGACAUGCAUUGUGUGUUUUGAAUGCUAAUAUAACCAUUUCAGAGAUUCCCAGCGCUUACGUUUUAAGGAGAUGGACCAAAGGUGCUAAGGUAGAGGUUAUGCAAAGUGAUUGUCUUUGGGGGCCAGAAAAUUUAUCCCAGUACAAUCAUUUUGGCAAGUUAAUGCUAAAAGCUUUGAUGGUUAUUGCUUUGGCUGCUGAAAAUGAAGAUACAUUCAAAAUUGCAUUGGGACAUUUGGAGACAUUAAUGGAUGAAAUUAGAAAACAGAAAUCGGCCCGGGUUUGUGCUGAUGACGAUAACCAACCUGCCCAGCCGCUUGAAAAUCAUAACAUGCCAUUCACUUCCCUUUUGAGCCAGGGAUCUUCAUCCUCUUAUCAAUAUCCGACUUCAAACGUGCCAAGUGAUUUUGAAGGGCUUGAGGAUUGUUUGUCACAAGAUGGACUAUGAUUGUUGUUCCAUAAUCUUGUGUGACAGAUUGUAAUUAGGUAAGUAGUUAAGCGAUGAAUAAGUAGUUGACAGUAAUCAUACCUGUACUUAUCUUAUAAUUUAUUGCAUUGUUUUGUUUUGUCUUUUCCCGAUGUUACUUGCAAAUGUAUUUAAGUAUUAUUGUGAAUGGAGUUUUGAUUGAUAGAAAA